GUCAAAUUGAAAAUGCCAACUACCAAACGCAGCCUACAAUGAUUCAAAGCUAUAAAUCAAUAUAGUACAUUCAACACUCUCAUUUCCCACACUACAAUCAUUCAAAGCUAUUCAACCUAAAAGUCCAAACUAAAAACCACUUUUCCUAUUUCAUACCCAAUCAAAACCAACACCAUCAUAUCCACCCUCCAAUCACCGUCAUUGGAUUCCCCAAUUCAUCUCAUCCAACGAUCCACAUCCCAUCACGUAAUCACUCUCAUUAUGUUUCAUCAAAUCUAGCAACAUCAACUUCAACACCAAGACACAAAUGCUGAAACAAAGCAGAACAACAAAAAUGGACAUGAUUCCUGGGAAAAUCAGAAAACGAGGAAGUUCCUCAUCCGCUUCAUCUUCUUCCUCCGUCAUUCAAAACUACCGAUUCAAGAGAGCUAUUCUAGUAGGCAAAAGAGGCGGAUCCACUACUCCCGUACCCACGUGGAAGCUUCUCAGCUCGAGAUCUCCGGCGGCGGCGAUGCGGAUUGUUGAAUCGCCGAAGUAUCCGCCGUCGCAAUCAGGGAGUAAAUCGAGACAGGUUCCGGUGUCGGCGAGAAAACUGGCGGCGACACUUUGGGAAAUGAAUGAGAUUCCUUCGCCUAGUGUGAAGGAAAUUCGCGAUCAUGCGAAGAUGAAAAGAGACAUUAAAUCGAAAGAUAGGGUUUCGACCGUUAGGUCUGUUCGUUCUGGCUCUUUGCCUCCUCAUUUGUCUGAUCCAUCGCAUAGUCCUCCAUCAGAGAGAAUGGAUCGAUCUGGAAUUGGUAAUCGGCAUAGAAGAACACCCAGCAAUUCUCAUAGGAUGAGGAUAACUGAACACCAUGUUGGACCUUUGGAUUCUCUUAGCAAUGCCAGUGUUAUGGAGAUUGAAACCAGAUCUCGAGCACAGACCCCUGCUUCAUCUACUGUGGGAGUUAAACCGCGUUUGAAAGAUGUCAGUAAUGCUUUAACAACAUCGAAAGAGCUACUUAAAAUUAUAAGCCGCAUGUGGGGUCAUGAAGACCGUCCUUCUUCUAGUAUGUCCCUUAUCUCAGCUCUGCAUGCUGAGCUGGAGCGGGCUCGACUACAGGUCAAUCAGCAUAUCCAGGAACAACGGUCGGAUCAGAACGAGGUAAACUAUUUGAUAAAGUGUUUUGCUGAAGAAAAGGCUGCUUGGAAAAGCAAGGAGCGAGAAGUUGUUGAGGCUGCGAUUGAAUCUGUUGCAGGAGAACUUGAUGUAGAGCGGAAGCUUAGGAGACGGUUGGAAAGCUUGAACAAGAAGCUUGGGAGAGAACUGGCUGAGACCAAAGCAUCUCUUCUUAAGGUGGUGAAAGAGCUUGAAACUGAGAAGAGAGCGAGAGAAAUUAUCGAAAAAGUAUGUGAUGAGUUAGCAAGAGAUGUUGAUGAGGAUAAAUCUAAGAUAGAGAAACAAAGGAGAGUAUCAACAAAAGCUUGUCAGGAGGUAGAGAGAGAAAAAGAAAUGAUGCAGUUAACCGAUAUGUUACGCGAGGAGAGAGCUCAAAAGAAACUCUCCGUGGCAAAAUAUCAGCACGAGGAAAAGAAUGCUGCUGUUGAUAUGCUUAGGAAUCAGCUUGAAGCUUUUCUAGGAAACAAACAAGUUAGAGAAAAAGGACGUAGUUCCACUCACUUGAAUGAUGAAGAAAUUGCUGCAUAUCUGGGAAGAAGCAGAUUGGGCAAUCAUCAUACGGAAGAUAAAGAAGACGAUGAAGGGGAGGUUGACAAUGGAGUAGAAUGUGAAGAGGAAUCCGGGGAAAGCGACUUGCAUUCUAUUGAGUUAAAUAUGGACAACAACAACAAAAGCUAUAAAUGGACCCACCCUUCCGAAAGCAGAUUUGAUACAAGAAAAUAUCCAAUCGAGGAAGAAACGAAAGGUAGGAGGUCUAUCUCUGGGAGAGCUUCUAGGAUAAGCACAUCUCUGCAAAGGAGUAUAUCAGAUGGAGUGGAAUGGGGUGUCCGAGAUGACGAAAAGCUCCUAAAUUCAGGAGAUGGAAUAGAUUGGGAAAGCUUUUAUGAACUGGAGAAGCAAGCUCAGAGAAAAAGUCACGGCGAUGAAAUACAAAGCUAUAAAUCGGUGAAAGGUUUAAAGGACCAGAUAUUGGCUGGUUCCAGGCUUGGAUCUUCUAAAGGUUAUGCCAGUCCAACUAGACAAUUUUCACAACCUUGGCCGUCACGAGAUCCAACAAAUACCUUCCAAGAAAGGCAUGCUACAAUGCAGAGUACCGGUCAAAAAUCAAGGUUAGGGGAAGCCAGAGGCGAGUCCCCGAAUGUAAGGAAACCUAAAAGGUGAAAAAAUGGUAAAAUCUUCUAACACAAUGCCUUGUUUGCCAAGCAAUACCCCUUGGUAUUGUGAUGUGUGGUACUAAAACAGGACAGGAAAUAUCAUUGACUAGGAGAAACCGAAAGAUGUUUUCCUCUAUGUCAUGUUUUAUUUUGUUGAUAACCAUCUUUUGAUAACCAUGUUUUUCAUCUGACCUAUAUGCUUGUAUGGUCUUGUUUGUAGAGUUAAGGACAUUUGUUAUAAGUAUAACCAUGAGUUUUUUCUUUUCUCUUGUAACAUAUGCUGAUGUUGAGUUGAUUAAGAAAAAUUGUUUUUCUUUUUUCUUUA